GUGACGUGGCUUUUUAAUCUUUAUUAUACACGCGUCAGAUUCUGAAAUUAUAAAAAAAAUCCAAAAUUCUUCUUAAAUUCCCGCUUUUUUUAACGCGUAACAAACGAAUUCAACAAUUGAUGUUGUUGUUGUUGCGUAGUUUUGCUCUUGGACGAAGAGUGCGAUUUGGAAAGCGAUUCGAAGAUGUUUUUUGAUGGUAGAGAGUAUCGACCCCUGCCCCAUCCUCCUGGGGAGGGAUUGGAUUAUGUUAAGUUUCGAGGCAGAAAGUUGAGGAAAGGCCUCUCGAAGCAGUACGAACCCUCGACCGGUGCUUUCGAAGGUUUGGACGUUUUUGAAAAUAACAUCAAGCCCGCUUAUAGAAAAGCUGUGAUGAAGGUUCGACCAAUCUGUCAGACGGCCUGCCAACGUUUUAACAGUGAGAGAUUGGUCGAAGAUGUGGAGGAUGAAGGAGUCAACAAUAGAGAGAGCGUGAUUCCUCCACGAAGCACCAAAGAGAACGAAGACCAGGCAGAGCACGAAGACUGCGUGCAAGAUAAUCCUGGCCAUUCCAGGGAUAGAAAUACAUUGAAGAAAGUCGGGUCAUUCUUUAAGAGCAUGUGGAAACCCGUUAAGAGAUCCGUGCAGAAGGUGUGUAAAAUGGCCAGAAGUGAAGAAUGCGAGUACGUUCGGUUCGAGUAAGGAUCUCUGCUUCCAUCUCUCAAAUUCGACAAUAAAAUCUGCUCUGUGAUUUGCUGGAUCUGGACUGGAUCUGAGUUGGCUAAUUAUAUGGUUUUUUCUGCAAACCAUCGAUGACUUCUCCUGAUUUUGACAUCCCGAUUGCGUCAAUGCCAAGUUCGAUUAUGACUUCCCAAUUUUGACUUUAUCCCGGCUGUGUCUCCUUAUUAUUGUCUUUUAGUCAAUUAUCAUUUACCCGAAUUGGUCUACACGAAUUUGGACUCUCGAUUUAUGUCUACUUCACGAAUCUGGACUCUCCCGAAUUACGUCUACCCCGAAUUUGACUCCUCAAUUGUGCCUGUACUCGAAUUGGACUCUCCCGAAUUAUGUCAACCCCGGAUUUGACUCAUGAAUGGUGUCUGCACUCGAAUAUGGACUCUCCCGAAUUACGUCUAUCUCGAAUUUGACUUCAGAAUCCUGUCUAUAUUGGAAUUUGGACUCUUCCGGCUUGUGUCUGUGCUCAAAUUUGACUCCCAAUUUUUGUCAUCCCUGGAACUUGGACUCUCCGGAAUUGUGUUUUAAUUUGUUAUUGGAACGACACGCUCAACAAAUUGAUAUUUGUUAUUCAGACACUAGUAAAAGGAUUAAUUGCAAAACAAAUUUUUUAUACAUAAAACGUUUGAUAAAUUAAUUGAUUAUUAAUAUAUUAAUUAAUAAUUUUAAUCUCAAUUAUAAAUUCUUGUAUAUUUAUAUUUGUAAAACAUUAAUAGUAAUUGUUACGGCCUAAUUAAGGCAUCCAAGCGAUAGUCGAGAGCUCUCGCACACAUUAAAAUAUGUGUUUGGACCUAUAUAAAUGUUAUUAAAAGUUUGUUUAAAAAUGCCUCCAUAAAGAAUAAAACUUAUGUAAUUUGUAAAAACAUAAUGUUUGCAAAAA